AUGGCAGAUGUUCGUUCGCUACUUCGCAGUGAACUUGCGGCCCGCAAGGGCGCAUCACAGACCACGAGUUCAGCAGGCCGAAUUGCCAAAAAGCGGAAGGUCGAUAUUGCUGAGGAGAAAACUCGGAAGAAGAUGAGACCAGAUGAAGUGGAUGUAGAGCCGCAGUCACCGACGACACAAAAACCUCAGUCACCUAGCGCCCAGGUCAUCGAAGAAGUGGAGGACGCCAGGUCUAUUGAGCAAGAAAGUGCUGGUCCGGAGCUCCCCUCAGACUCAGAAUUAGCUCAAGAGCAACUUGAAACGCAAUCCAAACCAUCCGAGCCACCCGAAGCACCGCAGAAAGUCCAAUCUAUCGACGAAGACGAAUGGGCGGCUUUUGAGCGCGAUGUUGUGGCACCAACUCGGAUGGCAGCUGCGCCGGCUGCGGUUGCAGCAGCAGCUACUAUAUCAGCAGACCCACUUUCUGCGGAACAACUCGCUGCACAGCAAGAGACCGAGAAGAAGACUGUGGCGCAAAAUCGCGAAGCCGAAAUAGAAGGAGAGAAGGAAGACGCGGCUCGGUUCCUCGAGGAUGAAUUUGAUGAAAUGGAACAGCUUGAGGAACGCAUUCGACGUCUGAAGCACAAGAGGGACGAAUUAAGACAAAAGCGAGCAACGGAAGACACAAAACUGGUUCAAACGGAAGCAACUCGUUCAUCUGGCGAGAUCUCGAGACAGCAGGAGGGUCAACCUGGGAGCAAAAAAGAGAAUGGAGCUAAUGACGACGACGAAGACGAAGAAGAUGACCUGGAUGAUGACGAUUGGGAUAAUUGGAGAUUUAGGUGA